GUCUGGGGGGGCAGGGGCUGAGUCUGGGGCUGGGCCUCUAUACAGAGGCUUGGCUUUUCUGCCACUUCAGGGCCCACCGUCCCCCCACCUCCAAUAAAAGAGGGGACAGAAGGGGCUUGGUGAGGUACCUUGAAGCCUCUCCCCUCUGAACCCUGCAGCCAGGUCCCUGGGCUGGGGAUUGGCUGGAUGGGAGCCCAGGCUCCAGGCUGGCCAGAAGCUGCCUCUCACGCUGGCUCUCUCCACACCUUACAGCCUGUGGUAGCUUGGGUCUGGGGCACCAUGGCCCAGGCCCUGGGGGAGGACCUGGUGCAAACUUUAGAGCUGCAGGACGACUCCAGCUCUUUGGGGUCCGACUCAGAGCUGAGUGGGCCCGGCCCAUAUCGCCAGGCUGACCGCUAUGGCUUCAUUGGGGGCAGCUCAGCAGAGCCAGGGCCAGGUCACCCUCCUGCAGACCUUAUCCGCCAGCGGGAGAUGAAGUGGGUAGAGAUGACCUCGCACUGGGAGAAAACCAUGUCUCGGCGGUACAAGAAGGUAAAGAUGCAGUGCCGGAAAGGCAUCCCCUCGGCCCUGAGGGCCCGCUGCUGGCCUCUGCUGUGUGGGGCCCACGUGUGUCAGAUGAACAGCCCGACCACCUAUCAGGAACUGGCCAAGGCCCCCGGAGACCCACAGUGGAUGGAGACCAUCAGCAGGGACCUGCACCGCCAGUUCCCUCUACACGAGAUGUUUGUGUCACCUCAGGGUCAUGGGCAGCAGGGGCUCCUGCAGGUACUCAAGGCCUACACGCUGCAUCGGCCGGAGCAGGGCUACUGUCAGGCCCAAGGCCCUGUGGCAGCCGUGCUACUCAUGCAUCUGCCCCCGGAGGAGGCCUUCUGGUGCCUGGUACAGAUCUGCGAGGUCUACCUCCCUGGCUACUACGGGCCCCACAUGGAGGCCGUGCAGCUGGACGCCGAGGUAUUCAUGGCCCUGCUUCGACGGCUGCUCCCGCGCGUGCACAAGCACCUGCAGCAGGUGGGCGUCGGGCCUCUGCUCUACCUGCCCGAGUGGUUCCUGUGCCUCUUUGCCCGCUCCCUGCCCUUCCCCACCGUGCUGCGUGUCUGGGACGCCUUCCUCAGUGAGGGUGUGAAGGUGCUGUUCCGCGUGGGGCUGACACUGGUGCGCCUGGCGCUAGGCACCACAGAGCAGCGCCUGGCCUGCCCCGGGCUCCUGGAGACCCUUGGUGCCCUACGAGCCAUCCCCCCUACCCAGCUGCAGGAGGAGGUCUUCAUGUCCCAGGUGCACAGCGUGGCGCUGUCUGAGCAGGACCUGCAGCGGGAGAUCAGGGUCCAGCUGGCCCGGCUGCCUGAGUCAACGUCUGGGCCACCCCCCAGGCCUCAGGCCCGCCUGCCUGGGGCCCAAGCCAUCUUUGAGGCCCAGCAGCUGGCAGGGGUGCCGGGAGGCACCAAGCCCGAGGUGCCCCGGAUAGUGGUGCAGCCCCCGGAGGAGCCCAGGCCGCCGCGGCGCAAGCCCCAAACCCGAGGCAAGACUUUCCACGGGCUCCUGACUCGGUCCAGGGGCCCCCCUCUCGAGGGCCCCCCCAGGUCUCAUCGAGGCUCCGCCUCCUUCCUGGAUACCCGGUUCUGAAGGUUCGACUUCUGAGGGUAUCACGGACUCGGUGUUCCCUAACCCCAACUGCCCGAUUGGCUGAUGCCCGCCUCAUAAAUGGGCACUGCACUUUACGGCUGGGAUCUGGCGGCUCAGCUCCCUGCCCAGGGACUGUCAGACACCAGGAUGAAGGAAGAUCACCGAGUGCGGUUUCAGGGGCCAAGGCCUGCCAUUUUCCCACGGAGCCGUCCUGGUGCCCGGGCCCUUGCAAGCAUGGAAGCUGGCGCUGAAGAGGUGUGGGGUUAAGGGCACCUGGCUGGGCUAGCGGACCCCAGAGGGCUCCUGGGGAGGCCUAGAAUAAAGUCUGACUGAGCAGAAGCCUGAUGGAUUUGGACUGAACG